AUGCGGACGCUGAAAUGGUUCUUGUUUCUGCCUCUGUGCUUCUGCUGCGGCUAUGCCUUCAUGUUUUCCUCCCUGAGAGAUAAAGCCAAAGAGUCCCAGGGGAAAGUGCCUUGCGGGGGCCACUUUCGGAUUCGGCAGAAUCUACCAGAGCAUGCCCAGGGCUGGCUCGGGAGUAAGUGGCUCUGGCUUUUUUUCGUCGCUAUGUUGUAUGUGAUACUGAAGUUUCGAGGAGAUGGUGAGAAGAAUAAGGAGCCGAGUCUUCCUCCUGGCCUUCGAGGCUGUUCAUUACGCUCUCCACUAAAGAAAAAUCAAAAUGCUUCUCCCAACAAAGACUACGCCUUCAAUACCUUAACCCAGCUCGAGAUGGACCUUGUGAAAUUCGUGUCCAAGGUGCGGAAUCUUAAAGUCGCUAUGGCAACUGGCGGUAACCUCAGGCUUCAAAGCGCAGAGGUACCUGCAGAUCCACAAAAUAAUAUUACAAUAUAUGAGAUAUGGGGAGAAGAAGACUCUGAGUGA